AUGAAUGAAGAUGUUGUCGGUGAUGAUGAAUAUCUAGAAGAGUUUUCAGAUGAUAAUAAUUCAAAUGAAUUUUUAAGUGGAAAUGAAAGUAAUAAAAAUGAUUCAAAUAAAGGAGAAAGAAAAAAAAAGGACACAUAUGAUAAUAAAAAUAUUACUUAUGAUGAUGAAUCUAAUGGAAUGAUGAAAGAAAAUAAAAAAUUUUUUAAUAUGAAGGAAGAAGUUUUAAAUAUACACAAAAAAAAUAUAUGUGGUAUUAAGUUAAUAAAAAAUGGUAAUACUUUAAUAAUUUCCGGAAAUGACAAUAUUGUGAGAAUUUAUGAUUUCAAGAGUAUGAAUAAAUAUGAAAAAAACUACACUAAUUUUAUAAGUUUAUCUGAAGGUUCAAUUACACAAUCUCUAGACGGAAAAAACAAUUCUAUUUUAAUUGGAAAUGGGAAUAAAUGUUAUGUAUAUAAUAAAAAUUGUGAAUUAAUAAAAAAUACAAUUAGAGGAGAUAUGUACAUUAAGGAUGCUAAAAACACAAAAGGUCACACAAGACAAAUUAACUGCUGCAGGUUUCAUCCAUUUGAUGAAAAUAUUUUUAUAAGUGGAAGUUUAGAUAGCACUUUAAGAAUAUGGAAUUUAAAAAAAAAUAAUUGUUAUGGUAUCGAUAAUGAAUUGGUUCACUAUCAAUGUUUAAAAAUUUUAAAUGAAAAAAAUAUUAUGAAUAAUAAUAUUUUAUGUUGUGAAUUUAAUAAAGAAGGAGAUACAAUUAUUAUAGGUUGUGAUAACGGUCAAAUAGAAAUAAGGAACAAAAUAUCUAAUGAUUACACCUUCAGUUACAAGUCAAAUUAUACAAUAAAUAAAAAUAUGACUCAUAAAAAUUCUGUAAUUGAUAUAUUAGUAUCAAAAAAAAAUAGCAAUUUCUUUUUUACGAGAAGCUUGGAUAAUACUAUUAAGUACUGGGACUUGAGAAAUUUAAAAAUAUGUCUCAAUACUAUUGAAGGUGUUGAAACGAUCAGCAAUAAGAGUAAUAUUUGCUUUUUUGAUAAUGAAAAGUAUUUAAUUGCGGGAAUUCAAGAAAAAAAAAAAUUGAAAAAAGAAGAAGAGAAUUACAAAAGUUUUAAAAAUCAAGCAAAAGAAUGUAUAGAAAAUAUGUUAGACUUAAAUGAAAAUAAAAUAAAUAAUUUGAUCAAUAAAAAAGAAAUCAUAAAUAAUUAUGUAAAGGUAUAUAAAGGUGAUGAUGAUAUGAAUCAAUUUUUAAGUGAAGUAGCUUCUCUUAAUAAGAUGGAAAAGGAUAUAUAUGGAAAGAUGAAAAUAUUUGAUAUCAAUAACUUUAAUUUAGUUUAUACAAAACAUUAUGAAAAUUCAGGUAUUAUAUGUUCUUAUUACGAUGAACAUAUAAAUCAUUUAUUUUUAGGAACAACCGAAGGAACGUGUUUAAUUUAUUAUGAUUCUAAUUCAAAAGACGGUGUUUUAAAUUAUAUAAACAAAUCUAUAAAAAGAAAAGAAGAUAAUUCUUUUUAUAUGAAUAGAGAACACAUUUAUAAUUUAGACAACCUACCCAAAGAAAUUCAAAUUACUCAAUCAGGAAAUGUUUUAAUUAAAAAAGUUCAUAACAAAAAAUCCAAAAUUAACCCUGAUUUGAAUAUGUUUACUAAUAAGGCAUAUGAAAAAAAGAGACAGGUUGAUUCAUAUGCUAAUUUUAUUAUAGAUAUAAACGAAAAUAAGAAAGAUAACAAUAAUAAUAAUGAAGAAAAUGAAGAAGAAAAUAUAGUUAAAAUUUUAAGAAAUAGAGAAAUAAAUAAAAAAGGAGAUGAUUAUUUUUUAAAAGCAUAUAAAUAUACUCAACCAAAAAAUAUAAUUAAUUAUUCAUCUGAUGAGCAGCAAGAAUAUUCAGAAUUUUUAAAAAAACAAAAAUGUCCUCAAUGUGGAAUAAAAAAUUGCGUUUGUGGUUAUAUGAAAAGCGAAGAAAAAUAA